GAGCAGUAAAUAAUCCCUUUGAAUGGUGUAUAUUCAGCAAUUCGUAGCAGUGUAACAAUCUACAUCACAGUACACUAGUACUAGUACUAGUAGCAUCAAGCCGCGAGCAUCGAGUAGCAUUGAGCAACGAGAACCUGCACCCCAUUAGUCAAUGUACUAGUUCGUGGCUCACUGUAGAAUAUGUGUCUUCGUAGACCAUUCUAUCGCGAGUCUGAGUCACCGAGCCUUUGCCUUGCCCUUUGCAUUGGUGCACUGGUCCACACGCACCCGCUUGCGCACCCACCCCACAUGUCCACUCACACACACGCUCGCCCACCUGCUAGCUGGCCGGCUGGUCCGCCCGUCUGCCUACCCAUUCGUCCGUCUGCCAUCCCGCUUUGUUCCUCUUCCCUGCUCGCCCACUCCGAGUCGUGUACGUUUUCCCGCCUGCGUGUGCGCUUGGUGACCUUAUCUGCGCAUGACGUCCGAAUCGCCUGGAUGUGGGUGCUCGCCCGCUCUACCGCCCGCCUGUUCGCCCGCCUGUGUGCGCCUUCGUCGGCCGUGGCUGCACGCUGGGCAUUUGCCCAGCGUGCUCGUAGUUGCCACUGCGCAGCGAUGAGCUAGCUUGCUCGUCCGCUCACCUAUCCGCCCACGCGUCUGCUUGCUCGCGUCCCGCUCGUCUGCUCGUCCACGGUAGUCCACCUAUUCUGAAUACUGACUCACCUACUCUUGUCUGCGCUCAUGCGCGCAGCACCUGUUCCUCGGCCGUGUCUGCGUGCUGGGCAUUCGCCCAUCACGCUCGUGGUUGGGGUGCGCGUGGUGUUGGUCCAUGCCAGUGCUCGCCCGCU